AUGCUUAACCAAUCUGCCAAGAAUAGCUCUGCUGCGUCGGCUCAUAUUGGAGUCGGAGAACGUCUUAACCAAUCAAUUGUGUCAUCAAAUGUGCCAUCUGCUGGAGUUGAAACUUUUGGAGUUGAAGUGACUGGAGCAAGUCAAACUACUGAAGUUCAUCAUGGUUCUUCUGGUGAAGGUGAUAACACUACAGCAAAUCACAAUAAUGAGAGUGGCAUUCUGCGAACCCUUGAAGCUUCCAACCAAAAUCAGAAUUUGAAUGCAGCUGAAGGAUCUGGUAACCUUCAGGAUACAUCAAUCAAAGGCAAAGCUUCCGUCCCUAAGAGAAGACGUGGUCAAACAAUGGGUAAGGGACUUAUGAAAGCAUUUGAUGCCUCUGGAAAGAAAUUGAAGAUAGACGUGGAUCCACUGACAGGCCGGCCCAAAAGUCGAGAGCAAUCUGCAAAGAUCUCAAGCAUCGAUCAUAUAAAGAUUCAUAUGGAUGUUAACUUGGAUGCACCGGGUGUGAGGCACUGCUUGGUUGAUAGGAUGAAAUCUAGUUCUCGACAAGUUCGUCACAGGUUGCAUAAGCAUUACAAGAAGUAUGCAACCGUACAAGAGGCUAAGAAUAAUAAGCCACCAUUUUGUGCUAGUAAAGAAAAUUGGGACGAACUCUGUGAUUAUUUUGCAUCAGCUAAGUUCAAGCAUCAAAGUUCAAUUAACUCUAUGAAUCGACAAAUGUUAAGGACCCCGCAUAUAUCUGGCAGAACUCCUUUUUCUACACUUCAACAUGAAAUUGCUCAGAAGAAUGCUGCUAAUGGGGAUGCUAAUGGGGAUGCUAAUGGAGAUGCUAAUGGUGAUUCUGGGGACAUAAUUGAGUUCUACAAACUCACACAUUCCAAUGACAAACAUGGUUGGUCAAAUAAUGAGGCAAAAAAAAAUUGGAUAUUAAAAAGCUUAAGGCAUUCAUGGCUUCGAAAGGAAAUACUUGAGGUGAUUGUUCUCUUUGAUGUUGAUGGAUAA